AGUCAUUAACGACAUAAUUUUCAUUUUUGGGUGAACUAACCCUUUAAGUUGCAAUUGUGAGAAACAAAGUCUUUACAAUUACAAGAAAUAUACAUGCAACUGCAUGAUAUUAAGUCCCAACUCCAAUAAACGAAGCCACAACUUAGAAAUACUGUUGCAAUUCUGAGAUACAAAGCUAAUAAUAAUUAAUAAUAAUAAUAAUUACGAGAAAUAAACUUAUAAUUGUGAGAUAUGAAGUCACACUUGCAAGAAAUAAUGUUGAAUUGUGAGUUAUCAAGUUGCAAUUAAGAGAAAUAAUGUUGCAAUUGUAAGAUAUUACUUAUUUUUCUAUUUGAAAUUGAAAUUUGAGUUGAUGGUUUGAUUCGGGUUGUGGGGGUUAUGUAAUGAAAAUACAGUGACUAUUUUGUACAUGUUAAAUAUUGAAUGAUUAAUAUCUGCUAUACUGUGAUAACAUCUCUCACCUUUAGCUGAACUCUUUUCACAUUCUGGACUCACUCUGUAAUUAACUGUGAUGUUAAUCUCUAAAUCUAAUUUAAGGUUGGGAAUGGGUCAGUUCACGUAAAUCACAUCUGAAGGUGUAAAUCAGGGAUUAAAGAAUAUAUGGAACAUAUGGUGAACAGGCAUCGGGUUCUAAAUCGUGACCCUUUGAGGCUUAUCCACAGGGAUAAACUGUGAUUGGCACAUCUGAGUGUGAAUGUGAGGGGUGAGAAAUCCUAUAACCUACUGUAGUGUGGCAGGAGUGGAAUCAAAAGGCGAAAGGAAGCAGAAAAACUUAUCUAAAGCUAUAUAAGAGCAGAUUCACAAGCUGUGCUGUACUUCAAAAGAAUAAAGCGCCUGGACCAUGACCCCGAUACUACGCACAGAGAGGCUGCAGCCGAGUGAACUUCAGGCUCUAUUUGGAGAGGAGAAGGAUUAUUCAUGCUCCCUGAAUGAUAUUGUUCACCACACAGAGGAGUGUGAGCAGUGGUCUGACAGUGAGAAAAUAGCGGCGUGUGACUUGAGUUCUCACUCUGAUCCUGACAAUGGGAAGCCGUGUGCAGCCCAUCAACUCCAGAGACCUGUGUUCUCCAACCAGGAAUACUAUACCAAACUAGAGGAGCUGAAGAGAGAACACCUGAAAAACAUGGCCGAGCUGGAAAAACUCUAUCUGAGCCAGAUCAAACCUGGUCAGAGAGAAAGACAGCUCAUUACCUGCUGGAGACAAAAUGGAGAAGAUACAGAGAGUGAACAGGUGGAGCUCAUUCAGGUUGGCAGCAAGGUAUCAGUGGGACAUCUCAAGAAUGGUGUUUCUACUCUGAAGAUAAAGGCACAGCAGAACUCCUUAGAGGAGCACAGGAAGUUGUGUCACUCCCAGCAGAACUCAUCUCGCAGUGCAGCCAAUCAGGUAAUGGACAGCCUGAGACAAAAUUCUAAAGUAACCAUACCCAAACCGUUUCACAUGAUGCUUCGCGAGGAGGAUCGCAAACGGCGCAAUGUGAAAACUCGCUCUGAGAUGGAGUUAGAAAAUGAGAGACUGAAGAAAGAGCUGGAUGAGCUGAAAGAAUGUGGCAAGAAGUUUCGCGCUAAGCCGGCCCCCGCUACCACUCACUUGCUCUUCUAUGACAUCAUCAAUAAGCGCCCGAAUAAGCUGAAGCAACAAAAAAAUCAGAUUAACCAAACGGAUCACGUUCAACGUGGAAACCACCACCAACAAGGCACUCAACGCCAUGCCUCUCCUCUUCCACAGCAACCAUUUAGCUUCAUUGAAAGAGAGCGGAAGAAAAGAGAAAAAAAACUAGCAGAUGAGCUAAACAACAUGUCUCCCAAAACAGAACGAAUGGCGUUCAAAGCCAGACCGGUGCCGAGGUCUCUAUAUAGGCCCAGCUCACCGAACUCCCACAUAUACGGGGCAGUUCAUCUGAAUAACAGACGCUCAGCACUGCCCCCUAGCAUCCUGGAAGACACGCUGCAGGAGGGAGAGGAGGCCGAGAAUGAGUAUGAUGAUGAAUUUUCAAGGCCACAGAGCACAGAUAUAUCACGCUGCAGCAGCAACCUCAGGAAAUGGAAAGACGAGGGUUUGCUGCAGGUGGAGGAGGAAAUGGAGAGAAAGAGCAACAGAGAGAGAGACCGAGACUGGUCCUACAUUCAUCCACUACGUAGGACCAGCCUCUGCCACAGCCAAGAACCCCUGAACUCCUGCAAGAGUGACUACAUCAGUGUUUAAA